CUCUGGGCGGCUGCACAGACCAUGGCUGCAAGGCUGGUGAUAGAUGCUUAGGAUUCUGUUCACCUGGAAGUAGAGAGGCUUGUGCCUCCAGCCCAGACCUGGGCCUCAUCCUACAGUGCAUGGAAUGGUGCCAACAGGCUGGGCUCAGCAUGGUGCUGGGCGCUGUCCUGGCUCGAGGGCGGGCAGUGUGUAAACGCAACGGGCUCCUCAUCCUGUCUGUGCUGUCUGUCAUCGUGGGCUGCCUCCUUGGCUUCUUCCUCAGGACCCAGCGCCUCUCACCACAGGAGAUCAGUUACUUACAGUUCCCUGGAGAACUCUUGAUGAGGAUGCUGAAGAUGCUGAUCCUGCCACUGGUGGUCUCCAGCUUGAUGUCUGGCCUUGCCUCCCUGGAUGCCAAGACCUCCAGCCGCUUGGGCAUCCUUACUGUGGCUUACUACCUGUGGACUACCUUUCUGGCUGUCGUCGUGGGCAUCAUCCUGGUCUCCGUCAUCCACCCUGGUGGUGCAGCACAGAAGGAGAUAACCGAACAGAGUGGAAAGCCAGUCAUGAGCUCAGCUGAUGCCCUCCUGGACCUUGUCCGGAACAUGUUUCCAGCCAACCUGGUAGAAGCCACAUUCAAACAGUACCGUACCAAGACCACCCCAGUUAUCAAGUCUCCCAAGGGGGCUGCAGAGGAGGCUCCUCCCCGACGGAUCAUCAUCUAUGGGGUCCAGGAAGACAAUAGCUCACGUGUGCAGAACUUUGCCCUGGAUCUGACGCCCCCACCUGAGAUUGUCUAUAAGUCAGAGCCUGGUACCAGUGAUGGCAUGAACGUGCUAGGCAUUGUCAUCUUCUCGGCCACUAUGGGCAUCAUGCUGGGCCGCAUGGGUGACAGUGGGACCCCCCUGGUCAGCUUCUGUCAGUGCCUUAAUGAGUCCGUCAUGAAGAUCGUGGCAGUGGCAGGGUGGUACUUCCCCUUUGGCAUUGUCUUCCUGAUCGCUGGCAAGAUCCUGGAGAUGGAUGACCCCAAGGCGGUGGGGAAAAAGCUGGGCUUCUACGCCGUGACUGUAGUUUGCGGGCUGGUGAUCCACGGUCUCCUAAUCUUGCCCCUGCUGUACUUCCUCAUCACCAGGAAGAACCCCAUCGUCUUCAUCCGUGGUGUCCUCCAGGCUCUGCUCAUUGCGUUGGCCACCUCCUCCAGCUCAGCCACACUGCCCAUCACCUUCAAGUGCCUGCUGGAGAACAACCACAUUGACCGACGCAUCGCCCGCUUUGUGCUGCCCGUGGGUGCCACCAUCAACAUGGACGGCACCGCACUCUACGAGGCUGUGGCUGCCAUCUUUAUUGCCCAGGUCAACAACUACGAGCUAGACUUUGGCCAGAUCAUCACUAUCAGCAUUACAGCCACUGCAGCCAGCAUUGGGGCGGCUGGCAUCCCACAGGCGGGGCUCGUCACCAUGGUCAUCGUGCUCACCUCUGUGGGACUGCCGACCGAUGACAUCAAUCUCAUCAUUGCUGUAGACUGGGCGCUGGACCGCUUCCGAACCAUGAUCAACGUGCUGGGUGAUGCACUGGCUGCGGGGAUCAUGGCCCACAUCUGCCGGAAGGAUUUUGCUCAGGACAUGGGCACUGAGAAAUUGCUACCCUGUGAGACCAAGCCAGUGACACUGCAGGAGAUCGUGGCUGCCCAGCAGAACGGCUGUGUAAAGAGCGUGGCUGAGGCCUCAGAGCUAACCCUGGGCCCCAUGUGCCCCCACCACAUCCCAGUCCAGGUAGAGCAGGAUGAGGAGCUGGUCACUGCCAGCCUAGACCACUGCAUCAUUGAGAUCAAUGAGCUGGAGACCAAUGUGUGAGCCUGCAGGGCCACAGAGCCAGGCCAUACCCUGGGGUUUGGGCUAAGGGUAGGAGUUGAACUCAAAACACACCUGAGCAGCUGACACAUUCCACCCUGACAGGCUAGUCAGCCACUGGUGAGAAAGAGUAUCUCAAAAAAGAGACAACUGUGAGCAGAGGCCCCAGUCAGCAACUAUGGCUCUUGUGGCCCAGGACCUAGCUAUGACAGUUUCUACAUGAACCCACAAAGGUACCUGGUAGGGGUCUUUGCCUAUACUUCAUGGAAAAACAGUUUGGGGGCCUGAGAGCUAAAACCACUCCUUGAAAUAAAUGCUAUGGCCAGGAUGUUAAUUCAACUCUUUGGAGUCUCCGCCACUCCCUUCUAAUGAACAAGGCAGCCUGCAAGAAGAGUGAAAGAAGUUCUGCCUUCUCCAGGGUCCCCACGCCCACAACAGCUUCCAGCUCAUGAAGAUAAAACAACAGUGUCCCUGUUCCUGCCCCAGCUGUGUCCAGGCUGGGUCAACCCUGCUCCACCCCACAGCAUGUGGUUUUAACUCAAUAAGGGCUGGCCCAUCCCAGGUCUGAGACCUGCUGCCUUCACAUGUUACAGCCUGUCCAUUUCUGUCCACCAGACCUCGCAUCUAAUAUGGAGAGUGAUGUCCACUAGGGCUGGGAGGCCCAGUGGGUACAGCCCUGCCAGC